AAGUCUUUUGAUGCACACCCAAGAAGAGAAAGCCAAGUGAGACAGCUGGCAUGGGUGGGUGAUGGGGUCUGGGUGUCUAUUCGGUUGGACUCCACCCUGCGUCUCUAUCAUGCGCACACCUAUCAGCAUCUACAAGAUGUGGACAUUGAACCUUAUGUAAGCAAAAUGCUAGGUACUGGUAAACUGGGAUUCUCAUUUGUGAGAAUCACAGCUCUUAUGGUGUCUUGUAAUCGUUUAUGGGUAGGAACAGGAAAUGGUGUCAUCAUCUCCAUUCCAUUAACAGAAACUGUAAUCCUCCACCAGGGACGUUUACUGGGGCUGAGGGCUAAUAAAGCAGCAGCAGGCUCCGGAAACCGUCCGGGAAGUGUAAUACGUGUGUAUGGUGAUGAAAACAGUGACAAAGUGACUCCAGGAACAUUCAUUCCCUAUUGCUCAAUGGCACAUGCUCAGCUUUGCUUCCAUGGGCACCGUGAUGCUGUUAAAUUCUUUGUUGCAGUACCUGGUCAGGUUGUUUGCCCACAGAGUAGUGGUGGAACAGAGCUAACAGCUGAUAAGCCAGCCCAAGAGUCCUCCAGCCAGAGUCCCUUAAAAUCAAUGUUGGUGAUAAGUGGUGGAGAAGGAUAUAUUGACUUCAGAAUGGGUGAUGAAGGUGGAGAAUCUGAACUCCUUGGAGAAGCUCUACAACUUGAACCUUCUGUAGCCAAAGCUGAGAGAAGUCACUUGAUAGUGUGGCAAGUAAUGUGUGGCAGUGAGUGAGCCUGUAGGAUGCAGCUGGAGACCUUAAAAAAGAUAAAGAAAAAAAAAAAAAGCAAAAAAAAAAAGCUUCUGCAUGGUUUUUUAUUUUGUGAAACCUGUUUCACUACAUGAUGUUGAAGCAUUUCUUUGCUGUUUAACUUUAUAUUGCAAAUCUGUCAUACCUUUAACUAUACAGGAAUUAGCUUGUGCUGUUUUACUGCACCCGUGUUACAUGGAACAGUGUAAUGAAAAUGGGUCUGUCUCCAGACUGGUGUGCACCCCACAGUCAGCAACUGAGACAUUGGUUUUACUGUACCACAGCAAUCUAAUGUAGUUCACUUCUUUGGUAGUCUCACUUGAGUUGAGCUUUAUUACAACUGAGCUUCAUUUCACUGUAUAAUGCAUUGAGUAAAACAGCAAAGUUAUUCCCAGAGUAGUAAAAAAAUUGACCAGUUUAUAAAAUGAAUUGUUAAAACUCACCCAAAUACUCAGUGAGGGCUAAAGCAAACUGUAAAUU